AUGGGUCUGUUAGCCAUGAGGCGGUUUUCGCAAGCUCUCGUCCUAUUCGCGAGCUGCUUCAGUCUUGCAAAGUCCGCAGACGAGGAACUGUGGCCGCUGCAGAAGUUCAAAAGCUCGUCCAUCCAAACACCGUUCAUGAACGUCACCAAGAUGGGCACGACAGAACCAGGUUUCCUGUUCCUGACACCCCGCGAUAUCAUACGAGAAACAGGACACCCGGCCAUCUACUCAGAUGACGGUCAGCUUAUAUGGCAGGGCCCCAAUGGAAACUACUCAGCCCUACAGCCUCAGAUUCUCAACAACGAACCCGUGAUAGCCUACUGGUCCGGCGAUGUCAGCCGUGGCUUUGGGUUCGGAGCAAUUACUAUCGUGAACAGCUCAUACGACAAGAUCCAUAGAGUCACGCUGGACUGCAAGGCAGAGAACUUUGUGACAAUCUAUGAUCCACUGACGUUUGAUUCUUGUAUUGAUAUCCACGAAAGUGAGAUCACGGAUAACGGCACCAUUCUUGUGACUGCCGUCAACGUCACACAAGCGGAUCUGAGCUCCAUUGGUGGUCCCGAGGAUGGAUGGAUUCAGGACGCACUCGUCUAUGAGAUCGAUAUCGAAACCAAUGAGAUCCUGUUCCGCUGGAGUACCUACGAGCACAUCGACCAGGUGCCACUCAGGGAUGUGCGCGCUCCGCUUGAGGGAUCUGGCGGUAACAAAACUGAUCCAUAUGGGUACCCUCAUCUCAAUUCCGUUGCCAAAUAUGGCGACUCGUACUUGACGCAGGGCCAGACUGGCGGUGACUUCGAGUUAGGGCUCGACACGAGCUUCUGCUACCAGCACGACGCGCGCUUCAGGUUCCAGAGCGACGAACGAGUAACAAUCAGCCUGCACAACAAUGAGCUGGCCAGUUUCACAGGCCACACCUCACUAACAACGGGCAUGGUGCUGGACGUGGAGCUCCAAGGCUCAAAACGAGUCACCUUGAAGAGUCGGAUGUGGGAUGCCACUGAACCUGUGUACGCCGAGUCGCAGGGUAGCUAUCAAUCGCUCGGUAAUGGGCACGUUUUGCAGCAGCAUGGCUCGACGCCCAAGAUUGAGGAGUUCGAUGAGAAUGGGACCAUCGUCAUGCGUGCGAGGUUUGGCUAUGACAAAACCAUGCAGACGUACCGCACCUAUCGGUACCCUUGGGUUGGGCGCCCAGCUACCAAGCCUGAUGUUGUGGCUUGUGUGGAUGGGAAGAACGGGAAGACUGCGGUUUACGUUAGCUGGAAUGGGGCAACGGAUGUGGAGUAUUGGAAGGUGUAUUCUGGAACUGAGGUGAAGGAAACUGCUGUGCGGAAUGGGUUUGAGACGACUAUUCUUGUGGAUGGGCUGACUAGUGGUGAUUCCGUGGUUGUGGAGGCGGUGGGCGGUGUUGGUGAUGGGAUAAGGUCUGAAUCGGCCACAGUCGGACAAUGCUGA